AGACACUCUUAAAGAAGACACUGAGCGUUCGCUACUUCCAUCGUCUGCACAGCGAAUAAACGAAACCUCACUACACAAUAAAGUAGAAGCCUAUCACCUUCAUGGCUUUAAUGGCGUUGCUGACGGUUGUCAUCUUACUGACGUCACUUCCUGUGUUGUACACCAUGAGCCUGGACACAAACGUCACAGCUGAUAAUUCCGCGUCGUCGUCCUUAGCAUCCAGCGCGGGAGGUCUGGAGAUGAGGAAGUUACGUCACAUCGAGGCCGAGCUGGAGGUGUUGAGGAGAACAGUGACGGAAAUGAAAGCAGGCGGGCAGUGCGGUGCACAAAGUCCACAUCCAAACGUGUUGAGAGAAGUGACGAGCGAAAUACAAGCGCUCCGUUCACAGUUUCAAGGUCUGCAGGUGCAAAGAGAGUUGUCCAUCCUGCGAUCAGAUCUUCUUCUCGCCCAGUCAGCCAUGCUGGCGGACACCGGAAGUAAACCUGUGGGCAGAACACCGCAGAUCAGCAGCGAGCCUCCUCCUGUCGUCGAGAACAUUUCUACCAUCAUGAGCACAGGAGCCGUGUACGAGCGCUGGGGCAACAGUGGCUGUCCUAAUGGCACAGAGCUGGUUUAUUCAGGUCUUAUUGGCGGCUCAUUCUACAGUCACACUGGAGCAGCCGCCAACGCUUUAUGCUUGCCUUUCAACCCUGUCUUGGAAAACAACCCUGGUGCAACCUACGUGGCAUCCAUCUACGGAGCUGAAUUGCAAGUGGAACCUCUUCCCAAACAUAACCUUGACCUCCUAUGCGCUGUAUGCCGCAGCCCACGGGCGACAAUCCUCAUGGUACCCGCUGCCAGUGCUUGCCUCGCUGGAUGGACAGUGGAGUACUCCGGGUACCUCAUGGCAGGAGACCCCGGUGACAAUGCAGCAACAGAAUACAUUUGUGUCGACAGAGAGCAGCACACGCGCACUGGGUCCGACGAGAACGACAACGGCAAACUCUUUUAUUACGUCACUGCUGCAUGCGGUAGUCUCCCUUGCCCGCCUUAUGUAAGCGGGAAAAUGUUUCCUUGUGUCGUCUGCUCCAAGUAACGACCAUACACAUGCAGGAUAAGUGUCACUGGGUAAGAUAGAUAUUGUAUACUUAAAACUCGCUCUUAAGUUAGUAACAUUUGUAUUUCUGUCCUCGCCAAGCAGAUUUGUUUUAUUUUUUUAAAGCUGGGGAUCAUCUGCCAUUUCUUGCAAAUAUAAAACUCGUGUAACUCGCUUACUUCACUCUUACACGUGUUGACAAGACCAGCUGGAAAUGACAUUUUAAUCACAAUACAUCGAGACGUCUAUGACAACGCCUUGAAGUACACACUGGCUGGACUGCUUCAGACUCUGUACUGGACCUUCACCUGCCUGCUUGAUAGGAACUUGAGUGAAAGGACUUUAUGAUUAUCAAAGAAAAAUAAAUGAUAUACAUAUAAUGUCGAAAGAUCUUGCGUUCACUGCUACUUUGUUUCGUUUUGCGAUUUCUCGUUUUGAUUUUAACUUUUUGAGAAACAUUCAAAUAAAUUACAAACGUAU